CUCUGUGACUCACUGCCCAGCCAACAACACCCCCCCUCCAAAACACCCCACACCUCCUCCCAUCCCCCCCUCCAAAACACCCCACACCUCCUCCCAUCCCCCCCUCCAAAACACCCCACACCUCCUCCCAUCCCCAACCCCCCUCCAAAACACCCCACACCUCCUCCCAUCCCCAACCCCCCCUCGAAAACACCCCACACCUCCUACCAUCCCCAACCCCCCUCCAAAACACCCCACACCUCCUCCCAUCCCCAACUUCCAAACACCCCAGCCCUCCUCCCAUCCCAACCCCCCCUCCAAAACAUCCCACACCUCACACCUCCUCACAUCCCAAUCCCCCCUCCAAAACACCCCCUCCCAUCCCAACCCCCCCUCCAAAACACCCCACACCUCCUCCCAUCCCAAUCCCCCCUCCAAAACACCCCCCCAUCCCAACCCCCCCUCCAAAACACCCCACACCUCCUUCCAUCCCAACCCCAACCCCCACUCCAAAACACACCACACCUCCUCCCAUCCCCAACCUCCCCUCCAAAACACCUCCUCCCAUCCCAUCCCACCCCCACCCCCUCCAAAACACCCCAGCCCUCCUCCCAUCCCAUCCUAA